AUGUCUGCAUCCGUUAUUCCAACGGCGUUGGAACCUCGGGAGGUAUUCUGGCGCGACAACCAACCAUGGCUUCUCUCAUGCGGAUACCAGCUUCGCCCUCGUUUCCAACCAGACUGGAUACCGUCCUGGAUCACGAAUCCAAAUUCUAAAAAGUCUCUGCUAGACACGGAGGAUUAUAUUCGUAGAGCGCAUACACCAGUCAUGGACGCCAUUAGGCUGACUGACAAAAAAGGUGUAAUGAUGAAAAAAGUGAAAAAGCAAGAUAACAAAUGGGAUACAGAGCUUGCUAUCGCCCAAUAUGUAUCUUCACCCGAGCUUCUAAGUCACCCAGAUAACCAUUGCGUACCAAUCUAUGAGGUUUUAGACAUUCCGAGUGAUAACGACCACGUUAUCAUCGUGAUGCCGCUCCUAUACCCAUUCCAUCUUACGCGUUUCGAUACUAUCGGGGAAUGUUUAGAUUUCUUCCAUCAAAUAUUCAAGGGAUUGCAAUUUCUACAUCAUCACCACAUAGCGCACCGAGAUUGUACAGAGAACAAUGUCAUGAUGGACCCAACAGAGAUGUACCCGGAAGGAUUCCAUCCUGUCGAAUACCAGUCAAAUCGAGACCUCACUGGUAGAGCUUAUCAGAAGUACACAAGAACUGAGAGGCCCCCAAAGUACUAUUGGAUCGACUUUGGACUAUCAGUUCGAUUUGACAAGUCCGAUAAGUUUCCACAGGCGAUUACCCUUCGAGGAGGUGAUAAAUCUGCCCCUGAAUUCCGAGAUUUGGCAAACGUGUAUACAAAGCGAGAUCCUUUCCCAACGGAUAUCUACUACCUGGGAAAUCUUAUCAGAAUGUUCUUCACAGAGGGCCACCCCCUCAUUAUCUACGGUUUCAAACCAGGCUUGCAUUUCAUGAAACCUCUUGUUGCAGCAAUGGUACAAGAAAAUAUGAGCAAGCGACCGACAAUCGACCAAUGUGUAACGCACCUUGAGGAGAUUAUUCGCUCUCAAAGCGCCUGUACUCUUCGAUCCCAGGUUUGGCACAGUAACGACGAUGUUUUUGAAUAUCUCAUACGUUUCUUCCCUCACUGGGCGCGCCGCCUGAAAUUUAUGAUUACGCGGACACCUCCAGUGCCAUCGUGGAAUCGGAGACCGAGGUCUACCCGGAAAGAGACUUAG